CGAAUAUUUUUUUAUUUAUAUUAUUAUACCUACCCACUGUCCUCAAAUCAAAUUAAAGGAUAUCCUAACCAAUCCAAUAUAACAUUGCAACUCACAACAAAUAAAUAUAAUAUGCUCACUUGUUCGCGAGUUCGUGGUCGUCGUCACGUGCAUGUAUGUAAAUAAAUAUAGACUUGCCAGCUACUUCUGAUUACAAGGAGAGCUAAAAUUCAACAAUUUAAAUUAAUUAUUAAACCGCGAAUUGUUUGUUUUUUUUUUUAAUGAGGCAAAAGGCAAGUACAGAAUAGAGAGGUAGAGGAGCGAAAUGCUAAAAUGGGAGUGGCUUUAAUCGCGCAUUGACAAUCAGGAUCCAUGGAUACGAGUGUGUGAGUUCCUAGUGUUCCUUCCUACUUUUUCCACUUUUAGUACACCGUGUAGAGCGGUCCUAGAGCCUCGGGACUUUUUCUCUUGUUUGUAAAGGCACUAAGUGGACCAUAACCAUCGGAAGUGUAGUUUCGUAUUCGUUUGACGGACGUAUAGUUGGUGCGAAAUUGACCCAAAUUGUCUUGUUUACCUUUUAGUGCUGGAAAAUCGAGUGUUCAGUGAAAAAUAUUAAGAAGACCAGCUUUGUGCUGAUCCUAUUGAUUCUAAGGAGUUCCAAUGACCGUUCAAAAGCCAGAGGUUCAAUCCAACCACAAUUGAGUCAUUUAAGAAGUGUGACCUCACAAUGUUCCAAGACCUAACAUAGGCCAUUCGGCGUCCUCGCAGGCUACGCCCGCUCCAUCUCCCACAAUGCUGAUCGCUGACGGGGCAGCAGGCCCCGCUAUCACACCCGGAUCCCUUAAUGGUGGUGCUGCUGUCACUACGCCCUCUUUCACAGGCCUAGUCGAUUCUACGGGCGUGGUCAGCGUACCACCCAGUCCUACAGCACGUCCUUUACGACCUCUAACGGACGUACGGAUACUAUUACACACUGGGAAGGUACAGGAGGUGAAACAACUAUUGAGGGCGAACGCGUGGCCUGCUAAUCAUCAAAUCAGGAGAGAAUUAUGGCCCACAUUAUGUACACAGCACGCGAAAGCGGGCGGUGUCUCGGGCGACGGGUUCUACUGGGACAUGGUGGUGCAGGUCUUCGGCUCGGCGGAAUUGCCCGAACGGCCUGUCGGGCUGCCGCCCUUUGUAGAACCCUCUCGCUGUCAUGCUUACCAUCUGACUAGGUCGGGACGCGCGUGCGCCGAUCGCGUUAUUAGCGUGUUGGGCUACGCAUGCCCCGAUAUUGUCUACAGUCCUGCCAUCUACCCUAUCUGUGCGCUAUUGCUGCAUUAUGUGAGUGAGGAAGAAGCUUACCACUGUAUGGCUAGUUUAGUUUCCUGCAAAGAAAAGACUUUUAUCACACAAACAAAACUUCUGUACGAGGUCACGUGGAAAACUGUGAUGCAAAUAUGUAGGAAGCACGUGAAAGGCGCAGCCGUGCAUCUGCAGCGUCACUGUAGCGCCGGUAGAGCAGAACGCGUCUACAUGGACUGGAUCUGGUGGAUAUUCCAGGGACUACCCUUCCAACACCUAGUGCGCAUUAUGGACUGUUACUUUCAUGAAGGAAUAAAAGUUCUUUACAGGUCAGCAAUGGCCAUUUUGCUGCUCUUCCAUAAGCACACGUCAGCCAACACGUCCGAAUGGUCUGCCGAGAUCCAGAAAAAUGGCAUUGACCAGGCUUUGCACAAGUUCUGUCGGGAAAUGCCCGUAACGCCACAAAAAGUAUUAAAGGUUGCCUUUGGUAUAAGGGGCCUAAGCUCGUCGUACAUCUCGCGAGUAUUCAUCAAGACUGAGAUGUUGUUGAAAAGUCGUCAGGUAAUGCACGGGUCCAAACAACUGGUUCGUUCAAGAUCCAGCGAAAACUUACCGAAUAGUCAGAGCCAGAAUAACAUCCAGAUGGUAUCGCACACCCUCACUAUCAGAGAGGGAGCGCACUCGCCGGGACCGCGCACCCUCUCCAUGGGCGUCUACCCCAUCCAGAAUGUCGACUCGCGCAUCUGCGACCAGCAGGAUCUUCUCACCUUAUGGUCCUGGCUGCCAGUCCGAAUCACCAUGUACCAACCAAUACUGCUUUACACCACCGAAGAACAUGGAUGUUCAUUGACCACAUUUUAUGUACGAGUGGAACAGCACGAACCUACCUUAUUGAUGAUCAAGACUUGCAAUAAUGAGGUAUUUGGUGCCUACUGUUCAUCGCGGUGGUGCGAACGAAAUCAAAAAGACGACCGCGGUAACAGGCAAGCUUACUUCGGUACGGGAGAAACGUUCCUGUUUUCCUUGUAUCCAGAACGAGCCAAGUAUCCGUGGAUCGGAGUGGACGGAGAGCGGAAUGUCUCGCAUGGUGCUGAACUGUUCAUGGCUGCGGAUAGUAAGAUGAUCACAAUUGGAGGAGGUGAAGGCCAAGCAAUAUGGAUGGACGAAAACAUCCGGUACGGAAAAACCGAUCACUGUGCCACAUUCAACAACCCACCACUCUGUCCCAGCGGAGACUUUGAAAUCAGAGUCCUAGAAGUUUAUGGAUUUGCAACCGACAUGAACUAAAGCGAAUGAAACGGUGAAAACACAACGAAAAUGUAUCCGAAAAAAAAAAUACACAUUACACGCUCAGGUUAUAUCCCCCAUUAUCAUCUAGCUAGCUAGAAACUCUGACGUAUGAAAUAAGUUCAUUUUGUAGCUUAGUUUUUUUAAUGUUUCAGCUGUAAAAUUGUGUAUUGUGAUCCAAACAAUGUGUUAGUGGACAAAAUAGCUACCUACAGUAAGUAUGUAGCUAUUGAAGAUAAAUUAGUAGUCUUGAGUCUUAAAUUACUAGGACCGUAGAGCUCAACAUAAUGUUUCAAUUUUCAUUUGAUUGAGCAAUGAAAGAAAAAAUAUUAUUCAGUGCAUUCCUUUUUGCGAAAACGCUAAAAAGGCAUGUGGCAAAAAUUACACGUAUUUUAUUUUGUUGUUUUUUUUUUGUAAUUAAUUUGUUAGCAUCACAUAAUGCAUCUUGAAUGUGAAUAUUUUCAAUCCAAUAUACCAAAAAUUUUGAAAGUGUUGUUUUAAUGUUUUGAGGACAGUAUUAUACACAUUGGUCUCAAUCAAGUUUACCUUAUGCUUUUUUGUUGUUUAUUUAUUAUGUUAAUUUUUAAGUUUAGUUUUUAGUUUUGUCUUCUGCCUUCAAAAACGAAAAUUUGCCGCAUGCCAUACUGUAGUUUUCAAUAGGAACAUUACCUUUUCCAAUAUGUAUAUUUAAAAGAUUUUCAAAUGUUGCCCAAGUGUUGAUGUGAUUUUAAUACCUACUAGAAAAUGUUUAAAAAUUUAAAUGUCUUUGAGGAAGUGUCUACUUGUUUAUUUGCUGCACAUUGGUAAACCAGUAGGCCAUCCCAAGGGUUUUCAACUGACAAGUACUAGAAUCUAGUCGUAUGAAACUUUGUAUUUUAAUAAUAUUGUUUAAUUUAAAAAUAUCGUUUUACAGUUAAAAAAAUAUUGUGUAUAGGUAUUUAUAUAAUAUGUGUAAAUAUUUGAUCCUAUUCUAUGUUACGUUUAAGGUAUAUACAUAUAAAGCAGUAAUAAUUAUUGCCUAUGUCCUUAUUAUUUGUUUUUAGAUUGAGAAAAAAAAAUUAAUAUUCAAGUGCCAAACUCAGAAACGUACAGUGGACGAGUGUGUGCGUUUGGACAGAAAAAAUUAAAUAGGAUGGGAAAAAAUAUGUAUCUGAUGUAUUGACUGAGAUGUGUGAUUUUUUAGAAAAUUAGGUUAUCUCAACAAAUUGAUCAUUAGGUAUCUAAGGACAUAAGUGAUUGUAUUUUUAUCUUCAUUUUAGCCAUGUCCAUUUUUUUUACCUUUCACUUUUUGGCUCUUGAGUGCCAAACUGGUUAGUUCUCCAAGUAGUGUCUUGGAGAAUACUCAAAUAUUUGUUUAAGGCGAUGUUCCGUAAGUUAACCAAGAUUCUUGGUUUUUCCGGUUCCCGUUCCGUAACCUAACCACUCCCGAAAUCUGGUUAGGUUAUGAAUCGCGGUUCCACACAUAAAUCGCAUUCUCAGGAACCAGAUUGUCACCAUAGACGAACCGCUCUAUACCAAUCGGUAACUCUGGUUAAGAUACGGAACGCCGCCUAAGAAUUAUAAAACUAACCUAAUCAAAAGCCAGUAAUAAUUGAAUUAUGAAUUUUGGAAAAAAUUGUGGGUACCUAAUUCAAUUUGAAGCGAGGUAUACUCAAUAUUUGUUAUUAAAAGGAGAAGGAGUUUUUAGGGUGUCCGGGGAAGUCAAUGUCCGGAAAACUCGGAGAUCGUGAAAAUACUCACUUUACGCAGUUUUCAAAAGACAAAAGACGUGAAAUUUUACUUCACGCACUAGUACUAAAGUAGGUAAUUCACUUUUCACGCUCACUAGUGCGUAAAGUAAUGUCAAUGACAGAUGUCGACACUGUCAUUUUUUUCUAGUAAAUUACUUCACUUUAUGCACUAGUGCGUAAAAUAUAUGUCUAAAUUUAUUUUUUUACACAUAUUUUAUUGGUAGUAGAAAUUUUUUUGUACCUACUUGCAAUAGGUACAGAUCGUUUCACGAAGGUUCAUACUUUUGAUAACGAACACGUCAUAACUUGGAAAAAAAGAGUUGUAAAUUAAUUCAUAUGACACAUUCAAUUUUUUUGACAAAUUAAAAUGAACGACUUUGGGUUUAAGAACCGACAAACUUUUUUGACGUCAUUGAUUUGUUUCAGUCAAUUUCUAUUUGUUGAAAAGGAAGGCAAAAAGUAUGAACCCUCGUGAUACAAAGUAUACCUCGAAGUAUACCUACGUGUGUAAAGUGGACGUUUUUUCACGAAUGUGAAUUUUGACGCGAGCAGAAGGCGAGUGCGAAAAAAUUCACAUUCGUAAAAAAAAGUUCACUCUAUACCUACACUUGUUGCAUAAAUAGCUAUUUCGGCGAAGUCCGGAUUUUGUCCGGAUUUCUUGACUUCUUUGUCCUGAAUUGCGAAAAACCUUUAUGGAAACCCUACGAACACUUGAUUGGGUUAGUGUGUUGUCUCACUGACACUUUUCGAUGAUUUCCUCAAGUCUGGAUUCAGUUAUUCAUUCUGUUUCUUUUCCGAUUAUUCAAUAAACUGUUUGAUUUUGGUAAGCUUGUUUUUGCAGAUCAAUUAAUAUUCAUUUCAAGAUAGGAAAAAUAUCAUUCAAUCCAUUAAACUCUACUCUACAAAUGAUUUUGACAUCAGCCAAAAAAACAGGUGAAGUGACUACUUUUCAGCUCUAGAGUAAAAAAAAAAAAUUUUUCACAAUAGGGCAAAAGAGUUGUUUUUUUCUCACGUAAAUUCAGUACUUACCUCAGUAGCUAUCUCCUGAAUUAACUCGGUUUCUUCUGGAGUGUGUUGUUAGAUCCAUUACUAGCUUUGUUUUGGUUUGAAAAAAAAGGAAUCGAAGAAAUCGGCUCUGUGAAGUAGGCAGGAAGCACAAAAGUUGAAUUUUACGUAAUCGUUUAGCGCUUCGUGAAUACUUCAAUCCCCAAAUUAGCAAUUCUUAUAUUUUCGGAGAUAUUUCGGAUUUUUGAAUUCGCCUGCUUACUUCACACCCAGCAGAAACAAGGGAAGCAAAAACGUUCAGUUAUAGAUAAAUGGUUAGUGCUUCAAUCCCCAAAUUAGUAACCCUUGUAUUUUCGGAGAGAAUUGGGAUUUUUGAAAUCGCCUGCUUACUUCACAUCCAGCAGAAACAAGGGAAGCACCAACGUUCAGUUACAGAUGAAUGGUUAGUGCUUCGUUAGUGCUUAUAUCCCCAAAUUAGCAACUUUUGAAUUUCCAGAGAUAUUCCGGUUUUUAGAAAUUACCUACUUAGAUCACACAUAGCAGGAACAUCGGAAGCACCGAUCAAAAUCCCAAAGCGUAGAACAUGGAUGGAGAUGCAAAACACAUGUCCCUUCAAUACACUAGUUCAAUGCUCCUCAAACGCUAUCUGGCGAUUUGAGUGAUAGCGUUCAAUAAUAAUUCACUACUGCUCAAAGUGCGACCUUUUUUUCUCCUUUCCUAAAGGGGGUGUAACCAAAGCUCUAUGAUACUUAAUUGUAUUCAGAAUAUCUGCAACGUGACUAACUAUUUUAUUGAUAGUUACACAUUUAUUCUUAAAAAUAAACGCCUAUCUCCUGAAUUUCUGAAAAUGACAUCAUUUAUCUUGGAAUUUGAAUCGAUCCAAAAGAUACACGAAAAUGCUGUUCAUAUUCCUGGUUCUCGCCCCUGGUAGGGAAGUAUGAGUUGUUAAAAGCUGAGAUUGUGCAUCCAUGAAGCACAAACGAAAUAUCUCUGAAAAUAUAUGGGUUGCUUAUUUAAGAAUUGAAGCACUAACCAUUCAUUUGUAGUUAAACGUUGGUGCUUCCCUUGUUCCUGCUGGGUGUGAAGUGAGCAGGCGAUUUAUAAAAACUGAAAUAUCUCUGAAAAUAUAAGAGUUGCUAAUUUGCAGAUCUAAGUACAUUGAAGCACUAACCAUCUAAUGUUCCUGCUAUUCGUAAACUAGGCAGUCGAUUUCUAAAAACCAGAAUAUGUCUGAAAAUUUAAGAGUUCCUAAAUUGGGGAUUGAAGCAAAUUGAAGCACUAAACAUUCAUCUAUAACUGAACAUUUAGGUGCUUUCCUUGUUCCUGCUGGGUGUGAAGUAAUCAGGCACGCAAUUUUUAAAAUUCUUCUGAAAAUUUAAGGGAUGCUAAUUUGGGUAUUGGAGCACAUUGAAGCACUAACCAUCUAUCUACAACUAAACGUUCGUGCUUCUAAUGUUCCUGCUAUGUGUAAACUAGGCAGGCGAUUCUAAAAACCAGAAUAUGUCUGAAAAUUCAAGGGUUGCUAAAUUGGGGAUUGAAGCACAUUGAAGCACCAAACGAUUACGUAAAAUUUAACUUUUGUGCUUCAAGUGUGCCUGCCUACUUCACAAAGCCAAUGAAAUCAGCCAUUUUUUUACUACACCGAUCCCCUGUAGCUUCAGAACUGUUGGCUAGACAUUACCUAAACUAUCUCAGUUUCCCAUUGGGGUUUUAUACAAAUUCAUUCAAAAACCAUUCUCAGCUUAUUAUUUCUCCCAUUCUAUAUGAUUUUUUUUUUAAAUAUUGAAUCUUAUAAUACAUUUUAAUAAUAAUUAUUGAAAGUAUUCAAAGUAUUUAUUUGCCGUUUGAAUAAUCUCUGUGUAUAAACUAGCUGGUAGGUUAUAUAACAAAUACAUAAUAUUAUAUCGUUGUUUAUAUGGCAUCGAAACGUGUUCAAUUUCAGCUGCACUAUUGUCAUUAUUAUUCUAACUGUGUAUGUAUAUGUGUAGCUUUGUGACGAUUUUUUUCUAUCCUAGUAAAAUUGUAUCAUCCUCUUUCAAUAGUUUUUGAUAAAACUUUCGUUCAAGUUACCAAGAACUUUUAGAUUUCUUACAAAUAAUCAUCUUAUGACUGACAAAUCCAAUUACCAAAAUGAUAGGAUAAAAAAAUCUUAUGGCGACAAGUGUUCUUACAUUAGAUCAAAAGUAGAACAAAAAUUUAAAUUUAGGUAAUAUGAUUACUGGAACAAUCAAAAUAGAAGCUUUAGGUUGCUCGUGCAUAUAUAUAUUUUUUUUUUGAUGGGAUUUUUGAUUGAAUAAAAUUUUUACAAUUCAAAAUCCCUUUUUAAAUGCAUAUCAUCUUGAAAAUGCUCGUCUUGUGCAUUGUUUCCUUUUUCAAGUAUUCUUUAUGCUGUUAAGUUUUAAAAAUUUUAAUAAUUGUAUAAUUUUGUACUUUUAGUGAAUGGUUGUGGAUGGACUCUUUAAAAUUUUAAGUAAAUGUUGGAAAAACAUCGAUAGAGGUAUUGUUGUUACAUUAUUCAUAGAGUUAUCCAUAAAAAAUUAUUAUUGAAAAUUCCCAGUUUAAACUACUAACAAAAAAUGAAUAUUCUUUUUGAAAAAAGGUUCAUAAUAUGAAACGAAACAUCAUCCCCCUCUAGUGAAAAAAUAUUACAUUAAUAAAGUAGACUGUUAUAGUAUUUUUGUUUAUAAGUGUAUCAAAGGCUUUUAGUUGUAGUAUUUUAUUGUUUUUUGUUGUUGUAUGAUGUAGAAUAAAAAGUAUUAUAAAGUGAA